CUUUACGAAACACAAAGAUCGGAACAAUGAAGCAUCGAAGCGGUCUCACUUUAAGGGUUAUAUUCCUAGGAUUUCUCCUCAUCGAAAGUGCAAGUGCAAGUAAUAAGACUGUUUCUCAAAUUCUCGACAAGCUCCUGAUGAAAGGGCACUAUGAUUUAAGGUUAAGACCCAAUUAUGAUGGUGGUCCAGUGGAUGUGACAGUUGGUUUCUGGGUUCUCUCCAUCGAUACCAUUAAUGUGAUUGAUAUGGACUUCUCACUGGACAUCUUUUUUCGUCAAGCUUGGAGAGACGAGCGUCUUGAUCAUGGCCUCAACCAAACCAUGUUUCUUAGCACCUUUGUGAUGGACCGCAUCUGGAUGCCAGACACUUACUUUGUGAACGCAAAACACGGAUCUUUUCACAAAGUCACCAAGGACAACGUGAUGAUUAUGAUCAUGCCUGGUGGAAUUGUACAUUACAAUGCUAGAAUCACCAUAAAAGCAGCCUGUCCAAUGGAUCUCAGGAAGUUUCCUAUGGACACUCAACACUGUCCUUUGACAAUUGAGAGUUACGGUUACAGUGCUGACCACAUCAGAUUUCGAUGGGAACAGGACCUCACGGAUGGGAUGUCGUUUGUUCCCGCCAACUUGAAAAUGUUGCCCCAAUACAAUCUAGUCGGGCUGGAUUUGACAAAGAGUUUUAAUAAAUAUGUUGUUGGGAACUGGUCCUUCAUAAAGGCGACAUUUACUUUUGAGCGAAUGUCCAGUUAUUUCUUCGUCCACGUUUAUGCACCAUGUGCAUUAAUUGUUAUCAUUUCUUGGAUCACUUUCGUGCUGCCCCGCAGUUCUCCUCCUGCGCGUGUAACCCUGGGAGUUACCGCUGUCCUUACUGUCGUCACCAUCCUCAAUAUGCUUAACAACUCUAUGCCAAAGGUAAACUAUACAAAAACCAUCGACAAGUACCUCAUUGGAUGUUUUCUGUUCGUGUUAGCUUCACUAGGAGAGUACUCGAUUGUGUUAUUUUUAGCGUCCAGAAUGAAAAAAUAUCAGAAAAUCCAAGAGUUAGAGAGGAAUAACCACAAACCUAAUAACGAAGACGCCUGUGAUGUUAGCAAGCAAUGGAGAAACGGAGAUGGGGUUGCAAACAGAAGAUGUAAUCCAGACAAGAUCUGCAGCACUCAGCUAGAAAUGAUGGAGUUCGCAAAAAUGGAACAAGAGCUGAUGAUAAAUGAUCCUCAAGAAAAAAAACCUGAGCGAAGCAAAUGGCUGAGCCUCGCGGAGUGGAAGAAGCGUUUGUAUACAGAGGAAGCUGUCUUAGCUGUUGACGAACUGUCCUUGAUAGUGUUCCCCAUCAGCUUUGGUGUAUUUAACAUCGUUUAUUGGAUCGCUGUAGCGCGCGAUACGUAACUGCAGGUCAGUUUUAAGUAAGCUCACAAACAGGAGGCAAUUGUGGAGAUUUAAUGCGCUGUUUGUCCAAAAACUUUUUUUCAUACGUUUCUCAUAUUUUUACGUACUUGAGUGUAAUUUAUGCCUAGUUCGGCACAUGAUGAAUUCGGCGUCUCAAUUAAAGCCUUUACGAAGUUACAAUUUCCGAUCAAGCAUGGCGAUAAGAACAGCAGGGCUGUUCAAAAUUGAAAAGACGUUUUUAAUUGAUACAAACGAUGAACUAAGCAUGUAUUUAAGAGAAAUCAUGCUCCACCCACCGUUACGCUAUGAGUAAAACAGUUAAUAACGUAUUGCGUUGAGAUUCCAAAGAGUAAAGUGGUAUUAAGAAAUUCGCUGCCAUUUUGAAAACAACUCAAAAUAAAAAAAUCCGUAGUGUAUUAGUCAUCACAAACCCAAAGACAAAUGAUCGUAAUUUGAGUCAAGAAUGUGUAUUUGAAAAGUUCCCCAUAAUUUUAGAAAGAUCGCAAAACAUUGCGAAACGACGAGUAAGAUCAAGCGCCUCCCAGGUCAGCGGCCAGGUCGCUUAGCAAAACUCAAACUGGCAGCGUCCAUAGUCGAAUGUUUACCAACAUCAUGUUUACCACAUUCAAUUUUUGAAAGGUUAGACUACACCCUGGAGUCUCAAGUAACCGUCCGUGCCAGACUCAAGAUUUAAGUUUAAAAGAUAUUACGUGACGACUUAAUUAUGCAUGGACUAAUGAGCUAAAGCACCGAUGAGUUAGUUCUCAAUAACCGAGAUAUGAAACUGAAGUUUGAUCAAAUACUUCGUUUGGCCUUUGUUCUGGAGCUAACAGUACAUAAAUCGAAGCGACCAAGGUUUGUGGAGAGUUAAAAUCUAUUAGUGUCAAUAUUAGAAAGAUUCCUCCUUAAUAGAGGUUUUGCACAGCAGCCAUGUUGGAUGGCAGGAACAAUGAAAAUAUUUUGCAUAAGAAAGAA